GGCGCAUCACACACAUGGCGAGAGAGAAACGAGCGCUUAUGCACACACUCACUCACACGCGCACACAUACACACCGGUUAUGUCCCCCGCCGAACACUGCCUCUCAUAAACUAUCAUAUACUACGUCCGUUUGUCAGGUCUGCAGUCUUUCAGGCAAAAUCCUGCCAUGUUCCCUUCCCUGCUGCCACACAGGCCGUUCUGUCUGUCUGGCAAGGGAGGGCGUGGCACACUCGACCGAUGAACAGACAUGAUCAAUAAAGGCACACAAUGCAGACAGACACAUUGAGGUACACAGACAACACACUACACUACACCCUCUCCGACAAGUGAUACACUCCUCCCUCCCUCCCUCCCUGCCCCUCUCUCUGCCAGCUCAUUUUGUGUUGCAACCACUCAUAGGUUGGCUUGGCUGCUUUCCCGUGCGGCAGCGCUGUAGUUCUCGUAGUACUUCUUGAUGUCAUGCAGGUCACGGUAGCACCGGUUGUACUCCCGCUCGUGGGGCGAUAGGGUAAACAGGAAAUUGCCCACCGACUUCCAAAACGACGUCUCACCCUGUCAGUCAGUCAUAUAAAUAUAUAACCACACAGACACACAGACACACAGACAGGUUGGCAAAUCCAUCUGGUGUGUGUUUGUUUGGCUGACGUGACGGACAUACCACGUCAUCUUGCUGCGCCAUGUCGAGUCUGUGCUCGUGGUCCAUGUCGACCAGCCGCCCCUCGCCCACCACCAGACACUUGCAGAAGGGCAGAUCCGCAAACCCGUCACGCAGAGCAGGCGAUAGACACACCGGGUCAUAGUCAUAAUGUGACGACGGUGACGAUUCCGCCCCCCCCUCUCCCUCUCCCUCUCUCUCCCUCUCCCUCUCUCUGCCGGCCCUCCUGCGUCUGCACAGGACGAUAUUCUGGCUCUCGGGCUCGCACACCUCCUUCAGCCUGCUGCUGAAUGCGGCGUCGCCCAUUCGUGAAGUGCCGAAUGUGACGAGAGUGAGGGGGUAGGUGUUCCUCUCUGCCAGGAGCAUGGCCAUGAUGGUGGCGAUCCCCCCGCCCAUCGAGAAGCCGCACAGGACCACCCGCUGCAGCGAUGGGCGGUGCGUGUCGAAUGGCUUGAGGAAGGCCGGGUGGGCGAGGAAUGCCUCUGCCUUGCUGAGGUGGAAGGCGGAGCACCCCUUGGAGGGGUGGAGGGUCAUUUGGCACACUAUGUCCAGCCCGAGAGAGAGGUACUCGAAGGGGUUGCGGGGGUUGAACCACGAGAAGGCGUAGAACAGCGUGCUGCUCGCCGAGUGGUGGAAAAUGUCCCCCCGGAUGUUCUGCAGUGAUGAAGGAGUGACCACAGACACAAAACAGACACAAAAUAGACACAAAACAGACGAGAGCCAGCCAUGAGCUCCUUCCUGGUCUGGGGAUCUCUGUGUGUUUCCCUGACUGACAGUGUGUGUGAAGGUCGGAUCUUUGUACAAACCUACCUGUCCCAGGUCGACGCGCCCUUCGUGUGUGAGUGCGUGCGUGGCAUUGCGGAUGAAGAUGGCGAGGGUCUUGGGCACCCUUGCCUUCUCUGUGUAGGUGAUCAGCCGACACGCAAGCAGCGCCUCUAUCGAACUGUCCAUUCUUCCUGGCAGCACCUGCCCUCCUUCUGCGCCCACAGGGAGGAGAGAUCAAAGAGCGGCG